AUUCGGCGGCUCUCUGCGCCGGGGCGUGGCUGCGUGUCUAUGGUGCUGGAGGACUGAGUUCUCGCCGCGGGGCGGCGGUUCUCGGCGCUCGGGGGCAGGAUGCUGGCGCUCAGAUGGUGUACUGUAAGGAAGGCUCCUUCUCUUCUGGCUAGGGCACUGACAUCCAUGACUAAUGGCUUCCAGUCUCCUCCAGACAUGUUUGAAGGACACUUACCCAUUCAUGUGAAUAAUGUGCGAAGCAGAUUGAGUGCUAUAGUGGGAGCUUCUACCAACUGGAGUGACCAUGUGCAAGCAAUGCAUGAAAGAAAAGACCUACAUAUUCUAUUGGCCAAACAGCAGGAAGACUUGCCACCUAGGAAAAUGAGUGAUAGCUACAUAGAGGUUAUUUUACCUCUAGGAAGUCAACCUGAAUUAAGAGAAAAAUAUCUGAAUGUACAUAAUAGUGUGAGGUUUGGAAGAAUUCUUGAAGAUCUUGACAGCUUAGGAGUUCUCAUUUGUUACACUCACACGAAACAUGAAGCUUCUCAGAGAUCUCCUUUGUCAAUAGUUACAGCCCUGGUGGAUAAAAUUGAUUUGUGCAAGAAGGUCAUAUACCCAGAUUGUGAUAUCAAAUUCACUGGAAAUGUUUCUUGGGUUGGGAAGACCUCAAUGGAAGUGAAGAUGCACAUGCUUCAGGCUGGGUUACAUGAUGGUACUUACAGCCCUGUGUUAGAUGCAACCUUUGUCAUGGUGGCCCGUGAUCCAGAAAACAAGAGGUCAGCAUUUGUUAAUCCAUUAAUUCCUGAGGGCCCAGAGGAGGAAGAAAUCUUCAGGAAAGGAGAAUUGAACAGGAUAAGGAGGGUUGAUUUCAGCACUGCAUCCUUACUGAAAAUGGCUCCCACUGCAGAAGAAAGAACCAUUGUUCAUAACAUAUUCCUUAAUACACUGGACACAAGGACUGUAAGUUUUCGGAGUCGUGUGCUACCACCCAAUUCAGUAUGGAUGGAAGAUGCAAAACUUAAGGGCUUGGAGAUCUGCCAUCCUCAGGAGCGAAACAUUUUCAAUAGAAUCUUCGGGGGGUUUCUCAUGAGGAAAGCAUUUGAGCUGGGAUGGGCUACUGCCUGCAGCUAUGGAGGUUCCAGACCUUAUGUAGUAGCUGUAGAUGAUAUCAUGUUUCAAAGACCAGUUGAGAUUGGAUCCCUAUUACUGCUUUCUGCACAGGUUUGUUAUACAGAAGAAAACUAUAUCCAGAUUAGAGUACACAGUGAGGUUUAUGAUUCAGAUACCAGAGAGCACAAGACAACCAACAUCUUCCAUUUCACUUUUAUGUCAGAAAGAGAGGUACCACAGAUUGUCCCAAAAACAUAUGGUGAGUCCAUGUUGUAUUUAGAUGGGAAGCGGCACUUCAGUGCCACCACGAAAGAAACCAGAGAAGCGGAGAAAACUACUGCAGCACCAUAGCAAAUGGUUAGCUUUGGAGAAACCUCUGUCAAAGAUUGCUAGCUUCCUAUGCACAGUGUAUCAGUAAUGGUAUUCCUGC